ACUUAUAUGUGUUGGGUUCCCGCUAUGACAGCAGUGACAAUCAUAAAUGUUUUCAGAACAAGCGGGUGCCCGACGUCCCUUUAUCUUUCCCUAUCUCUGUCCUGAUAUGUGAUAGAAAGACGAAGGCCCUCUCCAGCCGCAUGGCAAUUCUAUCUAAUCUGCUGCCUAUUAGACCAGGCCAAAACCAGUUACUGUUAAGUUAGCACUUCUGAACAUCCGUUCACUAAAGAACAAAUCAUUUUUAGUUAAUGAUCUUAUCACCACUAACAACCUGGACUUUAUGUUUCUAAAUGAAACCUGGUUAGAUGACAGCUGCAGUGCUACAGUCCUCAAUGAAUCAGCCCAUCCAAGCUUUACUUGUAUAAGUGCCUAUAGAGCUGUUAGAAGAGGUGGAGGAAUAGCUGCUUUAUUCAAAGAUGCCUUUCAAUGCAAGCGUUAUUUGGUGAUUACCAGUCUUUUGAAUAUUUGUGUAUUGCUCUAAAAGGUACACCACGCAUUCUGUUUACAAUUAUUUAUAGACCUCCCAAAUACACCUCAGCAUUUGUUGAUGAAUUCACAGAACUUUUGUCAACAAUUUCCUCUGCAUUUGAUUAUUUUGUUAUUGCUGGAGAUUUAAAUAUAGACAAUGCAGAAAACAAUACUGCAAUUGAACUGUUAAAUGUUUUAAACAAUUUUGAUCUGACCCAGCACGUGCAAGGUCCUACACACACUAGGGGACACACUCUUGAUCUGCUCAUUAGCAAGGGUCUAAACAUUUCAUCUAUUGUAAUCAAGGAUGAAGUGCUAUCUGACCAUUUCUGUGUUUACUUUGAUUUAUUGAUCUGUCCUGCCACUGAUGCUAGGUUCAUAAAUGAGAACACCAGUGAGGUAUUUAUGAAUGUUAUAUCCAUGUUGCCAAACAUAUCGGCUGACUCUGUUGAUGUUCUCCUUGAAAACUUUAACAUAAAAGUUAAAGAUGCCAUUGCUGGUAUAGCUCCAGUAAAGGUCAGGAUGAUCACUGGCAGACGUAAAGCACCCUGGAGAAACACAAAGCCAGUACAGCGCAUGAAAAGAACAUGCAGAAAAGCUGAACGUAUGUGGCGGAAAACAAAACUUGAAGUACAUUAUAGUAUCUAUAAGGACAGUCUUCGUGCUUUCAAUGUCGAACUAGGCACAGCUAGACAAACCUUCUUCUCCAACAUUAUAAAUCAAGUUCCUAGUGAAAUGCUCUCUGACAACAAAUGCAAUGAGUUUGCAACCUUUUUCUCUGAGAAGAUCAGUAAUAUUAGAAUGGGGAUCAAUACGCCCUCAUAUUGUACUGUUGUCUGUCAGAUAUCAUUUCAACAACCUCAGAAAUUAGUCAUUCUCUCAGACCUUGGAAGAAACAGAACAACACCUUAAAGCAUCAACUUGCAGCCUUGACACGCUCCCCACAUCUUUUCUCAAAAAGGUACUUAACUGCUUAGAAACUGACCUCUUAAAAAUAGUAAAUACCUCUCUGAUCACAGGCACUUUCCAGAGUCCUUAAAAACGGCAGUUGUUAAGCCUCUCCUAAAAAAAGAGUAACCUAGACAAAACCAUACUUUGCAACUUCAGACCAAUCUCAAAUCUACCGUUUAUAGGCAAGAUCAUUGAAAAGGUUGUUUUCAAUCAGCUAAACAAAUUCUUAAACUCAAAUGGCUAUCUGGAUAAUUUUCAAUCUGGUUUCCGUCAACAUCACAGCACAGAGACAGUGCUCAUAAAGAUAAUAUAUGAUAUUCAAUUAAACUCUGAUUCAGGUGAAAAAUCAGUGCUGGUGCUACUAGAUCUUAGUGCUGCCUUUGACACAGUAGAUCACACCAUACGCUUACAUAGACUGGAAAACUGGGUAGGGCUUUCUGGGAUGGUCCUCAAAUGAUUUAAAUCAUACCUAAAAGGGAGAGGUUACUAUGUGAACAUAGGUAACAAUAAAUCUGAGUGGACAUCCAUGACAUGUGGAGUCCCACAGGGUUCAAUUCUUGCACCACUUCUGUUUAAUUUGUAUAUGCUCCCACUUGGUCAAAUAAUGAAAAAGAACCAAAUUGCUUACCACAGCUAUGCAGAUGACACCCAGAUAUACUUAGCCCUGUCACCUAAUGACUACAGCCCCAUUGACUCUCUAUGUAAAUGCAUUGAUGAAAUUAACUGUUGGAUGCGUCAAAACUUUCUCCAGUUAAACAAAGACAAAACUGAAGUCAUUGUAUUUGUAAAUAAAGAUGAAACUUCCAAGGUUAUCACAUACCUUGACUCUAGGCGUCUAAAGACACAAAAUAAAGUCAGAAAUCUUGGUGUAAUUUUAGAGUCUGACAUUAAUUUCAGUAGUCACGUGAAAGAGAUAAGCAAAUCAGCUUACUACCAUUUUAGAAAUAUUUCCAGAAUUAGAUGUUUUGUCUCAAGACAGGACUGAGAGAAAAUUGUUUAUGCCUUCAUCACCAGCAGGGUAGAUUAUUGCAAUGGACUUCUUAUUUGGAUCCCCAAAAAGACUAUUAGACAGUUGCAGCUCAUACAGAACGCUGCUGCCAGAAUUCUGACCAGAACCAAAAAAUCUGAGCACAUCACUCCAGUCCUCAGGUCCUGACACUGGCUUCCUAAUACAUAUAGAAUAGAUUUUAAAGUAUUGUUACUCGCUUAUAAAUCACUUACCAAGGGUUCACUCAAAACAAGAUGCGUCAGCAUUUAGCUAUUAUGCAACCUCUAGCUGGAAUCAGCUUCCAGAAGAGAUCAGAUGUAUGUGCUUCAACAGUAAACACUUUUAAAUCUAGAUUAAAAACACAUCUGUUUAACUCUGCAUUUACUGAAUGAGCACGUGCUGCUUCACGCUGACUGCACUUUUAACUCAAGUCAAUUUUACUCCUGUUUUAUUCUUUUUAACAUAUUCUAAACAGUUUUUUAAAUCACAUUUAUUUUCUUUAAUUGUUAUUUUAAAUUCUCAUGUAUCUUUGUUUUUUAUUGUGAUUUUAUUGUGUGCCUCUUAUUUUUACUUUUUUUCUGUCUUUUAUAUAUUUCUCCUUUCUUUGUAAAGCACUUUGAAUGACCUCUGUGUAUGAAAUGUGCUGCACAAAUAAACUUGCCUUGCCUUGCCUAGGAUGUGACGAGAUGUAAAGCUGGGUAUCAUCCGCAUAGCAGUGAAAACUUGUGUUAUGUUUCCUGAUAAUGUUUCCUAGAGGUAACAUAUAUAAUGAGAACAGGAUAGGAUCUAAAACUGAACCCUGUGGUACGCCGUAUUUAACCAGGGAGUGAUAUGACCCUUUCUCAUUUACAUAAACAAAGUGGUAGCGAUUGGUUAGAUACGAUCUAAACCAGGCUAACGCCUGACCACUGAUACCAACAUAGUUUUCUAGUCUAUUGAGUAAGAUUGUGUGAUCUAUUGUGUCAAAGGCUGCACUAAGGUCUAGUAAUAUAAGGAUCGAGAUUUCACCAUGAUCGGAUGUUAAAAGCAGGUCAUUUGUAACUCCUUUUGUAACACUGAUCAUUUGUAACACUAUACAUUUGUAAAGUUUUAUUUUUUAACCAUAAACCAUGCGAACACAUCAUAUUAUACCAAAUACAAAAAAUAAUGUUUUUAAGUUUUAAAUUAAUUUAGUAAAACUGAAUGAUAAAUUAGUUAUGCGAUGUUUUAACAAACAAAACUUUGCAUUCUUCAAUAAAUGCAUUCAUUUGAAAAAAUACUGAAAUUACAUUCUAGAGACAUUUUUGUAGCAGCUUGCAGCUGCGUCACAUUUUUGAGGUUGGGUGGUCUGUGGUUUAGUAUGUGCAGUGACACAGGUGUUGGUGAUGCAACAGUUUGGAUUGCAAAGGAUGAGAGAGUGUCGAUUGGACCAUAAUUUCGUUGCUCCUGGAAUGUUCUUUGCUUUCUCCUGCUUCUGUCUUCAAUCUACAGGGUUAACUGUAAGCACUGUGCACGGUGAUGCACUUGAUGUCAGCGUCAAAUCAAUGUGAGUGCAAACCUCCAGUGGAAACAGCCAUCUGUGCUAACAUGUUCGAAGUCACUCAUGACUUCCUGUAAACAGUUUAACACUGAAAAUAUUAGGUCUCCUGCCAAAUGAGAAACGGUUUCCUGUUUAUGCAUUCUUGGUUUGAGACUUGAGCUAUUCACACCUCUGCAGAUUCUUCCCACAGUUUUGAGGCAGCGCUUUUUAAAAUAUCAGUAUCAUCUGCUAUUUUGACAGCUAUGUAACUUAUUAAAAGCUUAUUGCCUAAAACAUUCAUACUGUUUUGCAAAUAAUGUAAUGUAAACUAAAUAUUGUUUACAACAAUUUUCAUCAAAUAGUACGAUCAUAAUCAACAUAAUGUUUAUGCAUGCACUGUAUAUUUGAACUUAUGGCUGAAGCAAAACUUAGUUCUUCAAAGUUAUUUUUAUACAUUUGAUAACACUGAGAUAACGCAGUGCUCAUAUAUGACCCAUUAGUGAUAACAUAGAGAUCCAAUAAAUAUGGAUAAACUGAGAUCAUCAUUAUCUGUACUCCACCACUUACUACCAGCACACUAAACGUUCUUCCCAUAUCACUCCAAUUUUAUUAAAAACUCUAUUGGCUUCCAGCUGUAUAUCAUACUAAAUACAAAAUCUCCUACUCACAUUUAAAUCUCUACACAACUCGAUACCUCUGUGAUAUGCGUCUCUCUUAUACUUGUUACGUUCCUCUGACUCUGGCCUUCUCAGUAUCCCUCGAUGCUUUAAUGGAAAAUAGAUCGUUCAGUGUUUGUGCAGCGAAGCUGUGGAAUUCACUUCCCCAAUCACAUCAUAGUGUCAACCACAUUUCUGAAUUGAAAUCAUUACUUAAGGCUCAUGUGUUCUCUGAAUGUUAUAAUCUGUAAGCUGUUUUUCUAGUUCUCUUUGUUUUUUGUCUCAUUUGUAUUUUGUUUACCUCUCAUUUUGUUUUAAUCUUCAUCUGUUAUUGUUUGUCAUUUUUGUUUAUAAUAUUGACUAAUGUUUGUGCUUCCCCUUUUUUAAACAUUUUAAACUU